CGUACGAGAUGACACUCGCGAGAUAUUUCACGUUAGUUUUCUGUUUGGCUUGCGGAUUAACCGCAAAGAUACCCAGCGAGUUUUCCACCUGCAAACUAAACAGUGAUAACUUCGACUCUUGUCUUAAGAACUCCAUCAAUGGUGCCAUCAAAGUGUUGGCCAACAAUGGGCUGCCUAAGUUCGGAAUUCCUAAGUGUGAUCCAAUAAUAAUACCGCAGAUGACCAUAGGGGCUGGUUCUAUGGCCGUUAACUUGCAACAAAACUACAAAGAUGUUUACACGUAUGGUUACUCAAAGGCUAACGUAACGAAUGCACAUUUGGACCUGGCUGGUAAGAAGUUGAGGUUCAAUGUGAAAAUCCCUCAACUUAUUAUGGAUAUGAAAUAUACGGUCGACGGUAGGAUCCUUUUGAUUCCAGUGCGCGGCGAAGGAAACGCCAAAUUCUACCUAGAUGAUUGUGAUAUUAUUCAUAACAUCGGCUUCGACAUAAUUAAGAAGAAGGAGAAAAACUUUAUCAAUGUGAAAAACUACGACAUUAAAGUGAAGACCAAAAAGGCUCAAUUCAAAUUCGAAAAUCUAUUUAACGGCAACCAGGAACUGAGUGAUAGUGUACACAGAGUGGUAAAUCAGAAUUGGGAAGUGGUGUAUGAGGAUGUUAGUGCUGGUUAUGAGCAAGCUUUUAAUAGUUUGUUUAUUUUGUAUGCAAAGAGCUUCUUUGGUAAAGUGCCCAUGGAUGUUGUUUUCCCACAGUAAAAUAUUUUGGCUAGUGUUUUAAUUCUAGUUAUGUCUGAAAUUGAAUUUCUUAUAGAAAUGUUUUAAUUUGUAUUUAUUGGUAACGUUGAAGUUAAUAAAUUUUUUUAUUUGUUAAUGAGAUUUAUUUCGGAGCUAAACGUGAUGAAAGUGUUGUUAUGUCAUUAGACGCGGAUGUGUGUUUUUUAUUAUUUAUCUUAUCUCAUAAUGGAGUAUUGGUAUAAAUAAUAACCGGAAAUUAGAAAGUGUUAAAGUGUUGCAUCACAAUUUGUUGAAUUGUUUGAAUUAAAGUGUAGAAUGUAACAUAUCAUGUCAUGGCAAAAUGUUAUA